AUGGGCAAGCGACAACGCCGGGUGCUGUUUGCCACCGACGUCACCGAGCACUCCGAGCCGGCUCGUGACGAAGCGCCAGCAGCAGACGUGCUGGAUGCUCCCGCCGAUGGCGACGACGAUGUCCCUUCGUCCGACGACGGCGAAGUUGACGACGACGACGACGCCGACGUCGCCGCGCCCCCUGCCAAGCGCCGUCCUCACCACAAGCUCGAGGCGCUGGCCCUCGCGUUAGCCCGGGAAACCGCCGAGGUAUUCAAGUCCAACAUCUUCAAGCUCCAGACCGAUGAGCUCUUGCAGGAGCUUGCCAUCAAGCCGCUGCACGUAGCCCUCGUCGAGAAGGUGUUGCACCGGCUCCACGAAGUGAUCCAGGCGGUGCCCGACCUGGAGGCGUUGCUGGUGAGCAGCGCCGAGCUGUUCCUGGACCAGGUGUCGGUGCCGUGGCCCGAGCCGAAGCCGACGCUGACCAACUACACUUUCCAAUACAAGAAGCCGGAGCUGGUGGACCUUGUGGGGCUGUUUGGCCUUAAAGCGGGGACGCUGAUGCUGCGCCUGAUCGACUUGUGUGUGACGAUGCCGUCGGAAUUGUUCCAGGCUAAAGACUACCUCAACUACCGUGCCCUUUACAAGCGGUGUUUCUACGUCGCCUGGCUCGCCCACCACAUGGCCAAGCUCGCCAACAAGCACCAUCUCCCCGUGAAGAUUUCCUACCACUUGAUUGGCGGCGACGUGCUUAACCCCGGUCUCAAAAUCGAGCUGGUGACCACCGACGACGCCAAAAACCUCCACUUCGCGAAGACUAAGUUUUGGGUGCAGGUGAUGGUAGCGCUUCCCAUGCACAUGUUUGAAGGCAAAAAGCUUUUACCGGAUAAGAACUGUAUCCGUAUCCAAGCGCUGAGCGAGUCUCUCCCCCCUACUCCCCUAUACAACGCGCUGGUGGUGUCGCUGACUACCCCUACCCACUACUUGAGAUGGAUCUACACCACCAAGAAACAGUGUGAUGGGUUUAAGGAUGCCCUCAUGCUUGGGCGUACCUGGUUGGCUAAGCGUGGGUUCAGCGGUAACAUCACUAAAGGCGGGUUCGGCUCUUUCGAGUGGCUGGUGCUUAUGGCGGCUCUUCUCGCCGGCGGGAGUCCCGAUGGCCUGAAGCAGUUGCUACACGGGUUCUCGCUGUACCAAUUAUUCAAAGGUACCAUCAAAUACCUCGCGGAAGUCGACCUCUUAAACGACGGCUACCUCCUGUUCACGCUGGAGUUGGGGCUGACGCUGCUGCUGCGAUACAAGGCCGAAGGGUUCCGCACCCCCACCAUCUUUGACAAACACGCCAAACUCAACGUGUUGUGGAAGAUGACCCCCGACAGCUACCUCGAGCUCCGCGAAUACGCCCGCGAGCUGUUGGCGCUCUUGAACGAUGUGGUGCGCGACCGUUUCGACGCCCUCAUGCUUCAAGGUACCCUGCUGAAGCCGGCCACUAUGCAAUUCGACAUGGUAUUGGCGAUGGACCCCACACCCGUCGCUGCCGACAUCGCGUUUGGCCCCUUGGAGAAGAUCUCUUACAUUACCUUUGACAACUACUUGCGCCACCGGGUCGGCGCCGUGUUGAGAGCGGCGUUGGGUAGCCGAGUGACGCUGAUGGCCAUCGAACUGACGCUGCCACAAUCCUGGCUGUUACUGAAGCGCAAACCGGCGCUCGGUAACGGCCACUACUCUAUCUGUUUACGGUUGAAUGCCGACGAAUACGCCAAGCAAGUGACUAAAGGGCCCACCAGUGCUGACCUGGAAGACGACCAAUCUAAAUUCAGAGGGUUCUGGGGGUCAAAGGCGCUGUUGAGACGGUUCAAAGACGGUGUUAUCCAGCACUGUGUCGUGUGGAACGGCACCGAUAAGGAACCCGUUGUUGUGCAAAUUGCUAAAUACGUUUUGAACCAACAUGUCGCCGACGGUCUUGGCGAACACGUGGCUUUACAGGGCUGGGAUAUCUUGAAACAAUUACCCAAGCUGACGCUGGCUCCCGGAGCCGGGUGGGCGGCGCUUAGACUGCUGUUCGACGAAUUGGCUCGCGCAGUGGUGGGCCUUGACCUCCCGUUGCGUGUGAAGCUGGUGCUUCCUGCCAGUUCUGGACUUAGACAAACUCUGGUCCUCGAGCCGGUACCCUUCGCGGUGGCGCUGCCGGACUACUGGAACGAUGCCGUCGUCCAGUUCGAAUACCUGACGAGAUGGCCCGACGAGCUCGUGGCGUUGGAAAAGACGAAGGCAGCGCUUUUGCUCAAGAUGAAGGCGAUGCUUGAAGACACCGGCAACUGGCGCGGGGCGAUGGUUGAAGACGACGAGCUGAUCCCGUUCGUCACCCAGACGAUUUUGCAGAUGGCUCUGGUUAAAACCGGCUACGGGUUUGCCUUACGCGUGGUCACAGAACGUGACGAAACCAUGUACUUGAGAGCCGUGCAACAUGGUGGGGCCUCGCUCAAACACGUGCUCCAGGACGUGUACCUCAAAUUCUACCGCCAAGCGGUGGCUAAGGUCAAACACACCCGUACCGUCGGCGGGUUAGUGACGGCGUUCCCCGCAUUCAGCGAGACCUGUCGCAUCAUCAAGCGCUGGUUCGACGCCCACUUACUUUUGCUGCACUUUGGCGACGAGCUCAUUGAACUUCUCGUGCUCAAAGUGUUUACUGACCCGGCUCCCUUCGCUGCGCCUCACCUGGCACCGAGCGCCGUGCUCCAAGUGCUUCAGUUUUUGGCCACAUGGAACUGGAAGGAGAGCCCGCUCAUCCUCGACUUGGUGCGUGACGCCAACGAGCGUGACGACGGUUUACUGGAACGACUCACCGUGAGUCUGUAUAAGGUGAUCGAAGACAACUUUGCCAAGAUCCGCGCCCUGGACCCACUGGCAUUGAAGACCCAGCUCUUCGUGGGGCUGAAGGACGACCCGCUGGGCAUCUUGUGGCUGCAUGACGUGCUGUUGCCGAUGGCGCUGCGGAUGACGGCGCUUGCCCGGGCAGCGCUCCAGGCCUCUUCGGAACAAGCUAUGUUCACUCCGGUGCUUGGCGAUUACGACUUCGUCCUCCACUUGGACAAGUCGCUGGCGCCGCUGGCCCCGCUUUCAGGGGUGAUGCCGCCGCUGGCAUUCAAGAACUUGCUGAACAUCCCGCAGAGCUUGCCUGGCGACUUCUCGCAGCCUCACAACUUGCAUUGGCUCUUAUUCGACGACUUGGAGCGUCGCUUUGGCCAAGUGGUGCUUUUCUCCACUGCCAAGUACCAAGUUGCCGGUGGCGCUGCCGUGGUGGCGGGGAUCUUUGUGCCUGCUUACUUGGCUAAGCGUCGCUUCAAGCCUACGCUUGGCUUUGACAUUAAGCCCGCUGGGGGCGACGAAGUGGAGUUGAACCGUGACGGCGUGAUGGCGCAGGUGAAGCGGUUAGGGGGAGAAUUGGUGUCGCGUAUCGACGUGAAAAACUAG